AUGGAAAAGAAAAGUGACGAUAGCAGGGCAUGGAGACUGUUUAUUGGGAACAUGGACAGGCGUUUGACUGAUGCCGAUAUACUAAAAUUAACCUCCAAAUACGGAAAAAUAAAAGCCGUUUCUGAAAGGAUUCCAAAAACCGGACCCAAGAAAGGGAGGCGAUUGAAUUAUUGCUUUGUGGAUUAUGAAUCGGAAGAGGCUGCUGACAAGGCUAGGAUCAGUUUGAACGGGAAAAUCAUUGGAUUCAAGAUUUUACAAGUUCGAUGGGCUAGGCAAUCUGGCUAUCCAGAACUAACUAUGAUUACGGGUACCGGCAAACGAAAGUAUGAUUGUAAUGAAGGCAAUAGGGUAGCUUCAAUAUCACGAAAUUUAAGGGCUACUACUACAAUGGUCGAAGUCAUCCAGAAAAAGUUAAAGUCUAUGGAAAAAAAAGGAUAA